CUCCUCCAUCGCUUCUAUUUUCCCCAGGAUAUCCUCCGCAAGACCAAUUCCUCUGUAUAAUACUUUUACACCUUUUAAUACCCUUUAAAUCCCUUCACACACAUUCAAAAUGGGCAAGGACGCUUCUUUCGCUCCCGGUGACUCCGCCAAGGGUGCCAAGCUCUUCCAGACUCGUUGCGCUCAGUGCCACACCGUUGAGGCUGGUGGUCCCCACAAGGUCGGCCCCAACUUGAACGGUCUCUUCGGCCGUAAGACCGGUCAGGCCGAGGGCUACGCCUACACCGACGCCAACAAGCAGGCUGGUGUCACCUGGGAUGAGAACUCUCUGUUCUCCUACCUCGAGAACCCCAAGAAGUUCAUCCCCGGUACCAAGAUGGCCUUCGGUGGUCUCAAGAAGGGCAAGGAGAGGAACGACCUCAUCACUUACCUCAAGGAGAGCACCGCUUAAAUCACCUCACCGUCAUGAACCUUUCUAGAACCCGCCUGCCGAACAUUGUCCGCUUAUCCGCGCUGGAAACAGGCGGUGAGUCGGCAACCCGACAGUCAGGGACUGUAACAUUACCACGCCCUUGUUUACCCGCGAUAGACCUUUGGCGUUGCUGCGUUGGAACGAUACAGAUACAAUAGAGUCCUGUUUCCUUCCGCGAGCGCUGUCUACAUAUUCCCUUCUUGUUCUCUUUUUUUAACCCUCCGUCUCCUAUGUGUCCUCUACGAAUGUGUUACCUUCCAGCUCUUGUGUGUAUCAUGGUUUUAAAAACAAUUUGGUUGCUUGAG